CGCGGCAUCAGCCGCCGCCGAGCGGGAGGGAGGCAAAGUUAACGCGCAGCCGAGCGAUCGCGGAUCCCGGUCCCCUUCCAGCCCCGGUCCAUGGAGGUCGGGUGGGCAGCUGGAGCAGAGCAUCCCCCCCGGCGCUGAAACGAUGGCCACCAGCCCUCUGCCCGGCCCCACAGACAUCCUGCUGCCCUCGCCGUCCAGCGCGUACCCGCCGGACCCCAUGAACCAGCCGAGGUCCGGCCACGCUGCCAUGAAGCCCAACCAGGUGGGGCAGGUGAUCCUCUACGGCAUUCCCAUCGUCUCCCUGGUCAUCGACGGGCAGGAGAGGCUGUGCCUGGCUCAGAUCUCCAACACCUUGCUGAAAAACUUCAGCUACAACGAGAUCCACAACCGGCGCGUGGCCCUGGGCAUCACCUGCGUGCAGUGCACGCCGGUGCAGCUGGAGAUCCUCCGCCGAGCCGGAGCCAUGCCCAUCUCCUCCCGCCGCUGCGGCAUGAUCACCAAGCGGGAAGCCGAGAGGCUCUGCAAGUCUUUCCUGGGGGAAAACCGGCCUCCGAAACUGCCGGAUAACUUCGCCUUCGACGUGUCCCACGAGUGCGCCUGGGGCUGCCGGGGCAGCUUCAUCCCCGCCCGCUACAACAGCUCCCGAGCCAAGUGCAUCAAGUGCAGCUACUGCAGCAUGUACUUCUCUCCCAACAAGUUCAUCUUCCACUCCCACCGCACCCCGGACGCCAAAUACACCCAACCCGACGCCGCCAACUUCAACUCGUGGCGCCGACACCUCAAGCUGACCGACAAGAGCCCCCAGGACGAGCUGGUCUUCGCCUGGGAGGAUGUCAAAGCGAUGUUCAACGGCGGGAGCCGAAAGAGAGCGCUGCCGCCCGCCCCGCCGGCCCCCGCCGCCGCCGCCCCGCACCCCCUGGGCUCGGUUAAAGCGGCCGCAGCCGUGGUGGGGGGCGGGUUGCUGAGCCCGCACCUCCUGGCCGCCCCGCCGGAGCUGCACCAGAAGCGGCCGCGCUUCGAGGAGGACGAGGAGCUGCAGGAGGCGGUGGCGGCGGCAGCGCACGGAGGGAAAAGCCCUCGGAGCUACCCGGUCAUCCCGGUGCCCAGCAAGGGUUCCUUUGGAGGCGUGCUCCAGAAGUUCCCCGGCUGCGGGGGGCUCUUCCCGCAUCCCUACGGCUUCCCCGCCGCCGCCUUCGGGCUCUGCCAUAAGAAGGAGGAGGGAGGAGGCGGCGGGGCUGAUGCUCUCGGCGGGGCGGCCGCGCACAAGGCUGCGGGGGGAGCUGCGGGCGGUGGGCUGUCGGGGCUCUUCUGGCCGGGCAGGAAGGAUGCUGCCUUCUACCCGCCCUUCUGCAUGUUCUGGCCGCCCCGCACCCCGGGCGGGCUGCCGGUGCCCACCUACCUGCAGCCCCCGCCGCAGCCCCCCGGCGCCCUGGGCUGCUCGCUUGGAGACGGGGCGGGAUUGCUGCGACAGGCGUUCCUGGACCUGUCGGAGCCUGGGAGCGAGGCGGGAGCUGCGGGGCUUGGAGCUGGAGCUGCGGGGUUGGCUGCGGGUCUGAGCACGCCGCCCUCCGGCGCUCCCUCCGCUGCCUCCACCGCACGGGACCCGCUGUUCGAGUCGCCCUCUGGAGGCGCGGAUCCCGCCUCUCCCGCUGCCUCCGACGGCGGCGGUGGCGGCAGCGGGAGGGUCACCGCGCAUCACCCGCACCCGCUGGAGGCGGCGGCGGGGCGUAAGGCGGGCGGCGGGUACCACCACUCCAGCGCUUUCCGGCCCGUGGGAGGCAAAGAGGACUCGGAGAGCCUGGCGAAGCUGCACGGGGCGCCCCGCUCCGCCUCGUCCCCGCUGCAGCUGCUGCUGCCGCCGCACCCCGAGGAUGCCGCGGGCUGCGAGCGCAUCCCGCUCCCCGCGCAUCCCCACCACCGCCUCCUCUCCCCCGGCGGCACCAGCGAGGACAGCAGCGAGGAGGAAGAGGAGGAGGAGGAGGAAGAGGAGGACGAGCCCGAGGUGGACGUCGAAGGGCACAAGCCCCCCGAGGAGGAGGAGGAAGAGGAGGAGGAGGAGGAAGAGCCACGUGGAGGAGAACCCGUGGCGGCCGCCGGCCGCUUCCCGGCUGCGCGGGGCUCGCUGGAGAAGGGCAGCCGGGAACGCCACGCCGGCUCCUUCCCCCGGGCUGACGAGAAGCCCGGCGAGGGUCAGGCUCCAUCGCAGCCGCAUCACGGGGCGCCCCGGGCGGGCAGCGGCGGCAGCAGCCCGGCUCAGCAUCCCUCCCUGGAGGAGCAGCCCGCCUACAAAGAUAAUCAGAAGAGCAAGGAGAGUAACCCAGUCAUCUUGCCUACAAAAGAGGACAACUUCUCAGAUAAGAACAAGGAGCAUAAUUUUUUCAUCACAGAUUCGGAGCCUUCAGGAGGAGACUUCUGGAAAGAUAUAGCAGGUGAACACACGCAAGAAACCAAUUCACCUCAUUCGCUGAAGAAGGAUGUAGAAAACAUGGGGAAAGAGGAACUCCAAAAGGUUUUGUUUGAACAGAUCGACUUACGGAGGAGACUAGAACAGGAGUUCCAGGUGUUGAAAGGAAAUGCGUCUUUCCCAGUUUUCAAUAAUUUUCAAGACCAGAUGAAGCGGGAACUGGCAUACAGAGAAGAAAUGGUGCAGCAGCUACAAAUUAUUCCCUAUGCAGCAAGCUUGAUCAGGAAGGAAAAGCUCGGUGCGCACCUCAGCAAAAGCUAAAGCCCAGGAUCUUUUGCAGCUGUGACCUUGUGAGUUAUAACCCACCACUCGCAAACCUAACUUGUAUAUAGACUGAAAAAACAGGAGAGCUUGGGGAUUUAAAGAACAAAACAAAUCAGGUUCCUCCGAACCCGAGGACAAGUGACCUCAAAGCAUCAUGGACAACCAUGUAAAAUAGAAUGUAGCAGCCAUUUAUUAGUAAAAACAAAACCACACGAAAAAAAAACCACAUGCCUGUCCUGGAUCUUUUUUUGGUGGUACCAAAGUUGAAGUCUUUGUGUUUUUAGAAGGACAACUGAAUUGGAUAGAGAAAAAGCUGUUGAUGAGUCCUACAGACAAGCCGUGAAAGAACUGCCAAUCCUUUUAAUGCCACAGACACUGACAACACCUGCCGGUUCAUCUGUUGCUUUUGAAUUGUGAUUGUUUUAUGGGAAGAAAUGCGUGUCUUCACCGGAUGGGCCAGAACCAUAUUUGGAUGGAUGGUUGGAUGGAUGGA